AUGGCCUUCAUUCCAAGACGAGCAUGGAUGAGCAUUGCUGGUAUCGAAAAGUCGCAUCGCGCCAUUCUAUUUCCAGGUCAAGGGUCACAGUUUGUUGGCAUGGGACAGGAUCUGUACCAUUUAUACCCGCGAUCGGCUAAACUUGUUUUUGACGAAGCCGACGAAGCUCUUGGGAACGGCUUGCGAUCACUUAUUUUCGAAGGGGAACAGGAGAAGCUGAAACGAACAGAAAACGCACAGCCAGCAAUUUUGACAACAUCGAUUGCGAUGCUUCGAGUACUAGAAGUAGAAUUCGGAUUUGAUAUUUCAAAGGCAUGCAAUUAUGCAUUGGGUCACUCGCUUGGCGAAUAUACAGCAUUGGUUGCAACAGGUGCAUUAUCAUUGACAGACGCUGUGCGACUCGUACGGCUGCGCGGUGAACGCAUGACACAGGCAGUGGCAGAUCGACAAGGUCAAACAGCCAUGUCAGCAUUGGUUGUCAGAAAAGCCAAACUAUCUGAUCUUGAACAGGCUAUUAAGGAAAUCAACGAUGGAUUACCGGGUAACGAGUUAUCUUUCCAAGUUGUAAUAAGUGGAACAAGUAAAGGUGUGGAUGAAGCAUCAAGGACCCUACAAUCUCAACGCUUGGCUGCUAGAGCUGUUGAUCUUCCAGUAUCGGCGCCAUUUCAUUGCUCGUUGAUGAAGGAGGCAGCAGAUGCUAUGGAAGAAGCGUUCAAAAGUGUUACUUUCAAAAAACCUUGUGUGGAUGUAAUUUCAAACGUGACAGCCAAGCCGUAUACCAACGUGGAAGAAAUCCCCAAGCUCCUCGUCGAACAGGUGACAUCCACGGUUGAAUGGCAGCGAAGCAUCAGUUAUUGUAAAGGACAGGAUAUUGAACAGUUCAUCAGCUUCGGCCCUGGCAAAGUGCUUGCCAACCUCAUUAAAAAGGAAUAUCCACUGGAUAGAAUAAUAGACAUCCUUUUUCUUGCAAUAAAAAACAUUAAGAGCAUUGAUAUGAGCACCGCAUUCACCCAACAGAUCGAAGAAAAAAUCAUCGAAGCAGCUGCCAUUGCUACAGAUAGUGUUGUGUUAGACCAACGCUAUGUUCAUCCUGAUCCUCGCAACUAUAAAGGCCGUUUGGGUUAUGCGUGUUUGAAUACGAUUCUGAGGCAUCAGAAACCUCCUGUAUUUUGCUCGCGCACUUGUCGAUUGGACACAAUCCGGCAGAAGGGCAUAGAAUUUGUCAAAGAACUCGCUUUGCAGAAUGUACAAGAUCUUAUUACUUUGAUAGAAUGGAACGAAGCCCAUGGAAUCAAAUUUAUGCGGAUCUCGAGCGAUAUGUUUCCAUUUGCGAGCCAUGAUACCGUUGGAUAUUCCUUGGAUUAUGCAAAGGACGAGCUUAAGAAAGUCGGAAAACUGUCCGCCAAGUACGGCCAUCGUCUGCGUAAUCUUUUACCAGGUGAUAAACCAGCUACAAUAGCGAGAUUUGAAGAAACAUAUCGGAAAUUGCCAGAGCCCAUAACUCGUAGACUUGUCAUCGAAAAUGAUGAACUUUGUUAUUCAGUCAGUGAUAUACUUCCAGUGUGCCAAAGGCUAAAUGUUCCUCUUGUCCUUGAUUGUAUAAAUCCCGGAGAAAUAGGCAACUUAUUGGACCUUGUUCCGGCAAUAAAUCAAACUUGGACAGGACGUGGAUUGAAGCCCAAGCAACAUUAUUCCGAGUCAAGACCAGGCGCGGUAUCUGCAGUUGAGCGACGAGCUCAUAGUGACAGGUAUACAAUAGUUUUACCGCCCUCUGGAGAUGAUGUCGAUUUAAUGAUUGAAGCAAAAGAUAAGGAGCAAGCUGUGUUCCAACUAUAUAAGCUAUAUGAUUUAUACCCUGUGGAUGACGAUGUAUGGGUCCCCACAGCUACUGCCAAAGUUGUGAAAAAGAAAGUCAAGAAGCGCAAGGUCGAGAAAGGUGCAGAUGGCGAAACGGUCGAGGUCAAGAUAGAAGAAGAAGUGGUGGAUGAUGUCGAGACGGCCGAACAACAGCGGAUUGAGGACGAAAGCGAAGGUGACGAGGAUCUUGGUCCAGGGAUCCGGACGAGAGGCCAACGUUUAAAGGCGAAGAAGGUUAGACGGGAGCUGAAGAUCCAAGAGGAGCAAGAGAAAGAAUUGCAGGAGAAUAAGGCCAAAAAGUCCAAGAGCAAGAGCAAGAGCAAAAAGAAAGAAAAAGAGAAGGGUACGAAGGAUGAAGAGGAGAAUGGUAAAAAGAAGAAAAAACGACGCGUAAAAGAUGAAGAAUAA